UUUACUGGAUAUGUACAAAGAGUAGACCGAAAUCGAAAAAACCAGCGAGGAUUCACAUAUUACUUCGACAUCAUUCUGCAGACGGCAGUAGACCAAACGGAGAAGAUAAGAAUAAUGAUAAGUUCUAUGGAUGACAUCACGAAAAGCCAGCUUUUCAAAGACAAACAAAAAGCACAACAGCCCAUCACCAUAACCAACCUUAGGGUUGUUCAGAGUGGCAUGGUGUUUAUGCACCAGAACAGCAUUGUUAAGGAUGUCUCCACGAUGGCCAUUCCAUUUAAAUAUGUACCACCAGCAGCACCACCCAUUACAUCUGUAGCAGAUGUUUUAAAAACUAAGAGGCAAGGGGAU